AUGGCAUUCCGUUUUGCAUCGAUUGCGCGUCGCUCUUUUACUCGUAACUACUCUUCAGCAACUAGCAAACAGGCUGGAAAAGCUUUUCCUGAAGAAAACUUUGAUAGCAAAAUUUGGCGCAAUACUGCUCUUGCUGUCAUUGCAGGUGUUGCUUGGUAUCGAAUUGAUCAACAUAUCACUGAGCUUGGGGAGGAGAAGCACCCUUUCACCAAAUGGAUUGAAUAUCACAUGAGCACGAGUGCCGAGAAGGACCAGCAAACUACUGAAGCAUUGGAGCAGGCAUCUCGACUUGCAGAGUACAAGCUUAUUUCCCAAGAUGCUCAACGUGCUCCUAUUUACCGGAUGCGAUAUCCAGAGUCUUUUGAACGUGCAAGCCCUCGCGGAUUGAUCACUGGGCAACAGGCGGACCUCUCUAAUAUCACUGUUCGCAGAGAUUAA